GGCAAUCUGUCGUCGUCAUUGUAUUUAUCAGUUUUAUAUCCUGAUAGAAAUAUGAUAUUUUAGUGAAAAUGGAUAGUAUCUUAAACUCAAAAGUUGAGAAACAAACUAUUUACGAGAUCUACCGAGCAUGUCGACUGUGUGGAGGCGGCGCAGGCUACAAAAUGCCAAUAGUUCAAAAUGUUAUUGACUUGGACAAUAACGGAGUGGAACUUAAACAAAAAAUCCAAGAAUGCUUACAAAUAGAGGUCCACCAAGAUGACAAAAUGCCACCGCUCAUAUGCGAGCUGUGUGUGGACAAAGUGAACGAUUUCUACGAGUUCAUGGAGAUGUGCAGACAUAUCAACAAACGAACACGUCUGCGGCUCGGCCUUCCGUUGCAAGCGCAUAAAAGGAUCAUCAUGAGUACUGCAUCAUCAGACUCUGGAGACUGCAUACUAGGAGUGACGGAACCUAUCUACGCAGCCAAUGACGAUGACAAACCUUUAUCGAAAAAAUCUUCAGUCAAAAAUAAGAAGCUAAUCAAGAAAGAGAUAGAAGAUGAUGAACCAUUAUCUAAAUCUGUGAAGAAGAAUGUUUCUAAGAAAGAUAUUAGAGUGAAAAAGGAGCCUGGUGUUAAGGUCGAAGAAGAACAUGCGUCCGCGGCGCGUAAAACCCGCCAAGCGCCGAGCAAACAAGCGUCCGCUUCGCCGCGGGGGCGCGCCACGAGGCAGUCUGGCAGCGAUGACAACACUAAGCUUAGUAUCAAGAGAAAAUCUAGUGAUGACAAUGGGAGACUUAGUGCUCUGAAGAACAACAGUAAAACUUCAAAGAACUUGUCACAGCCACCCGUCAAAGGCCUUCAGAGGGAGCUCAAAGAGCUUUUAGACGUCAAAGUAUUAUAUAAGACUGAAGAAGAGUCAUGCAGAACGAAGAGGUCCAGAGAGAAGGAACCGCUUUCAGAGAAUAAGAUUGAAAAAUACGGAGUGCCAGCUAAGAAAGUCAAACUGUCUCUCCCCCUCAAGGCCCCCCCCAAGCCCAAAGCGAAGCCCAAGCGCCCCCCGUCCCCGCCCCCGCAGCACGUCUGCGCGGUGUGCGGCGCCGGCAGCAAGUCAGCUCAGGGGCUCGCCACGCAUUUGAGGUGUCACCUCGUCACCUUCACACCGAACAAAUUAUCAUGCAACCCUUGCGGCGAAUGGUUCUCCACCGGCGAGGAGGGAUUGUCCCACCACAGGCGGCACAAGAGCAAGCCGUACCGCUGUCGGCACUGUGGCGCCAUCUUCACGCUGCUGAGUGAAUACGACGACCACUUUGAGACAGAAGACUGCAAGCCGUUCACAGAAGUUCCCGAUAAGAAAUGUCCGGAGUGCUGGAGGACGUACCCCACGCAGCUGCUGCUGGACUCACACCGCUGCCAGGGACCUGAUGGUAGACCGGGAGGUAAAUGCAACAAGUGUAAUCGCACGUACACACUGCUGAAGAAUUUGAAGAAACACGAAGUGACGUGUACUGUUAGAAAGAAAGGUGAAGCGAUAGUGGAUCCGGAAGUGGAGAAACAGCUAAUGGACACACAAAUAUGUCUGCACCGGUGUGACGUACUGUUAACCAACGUCAAAGGGGAGGGUUAUGAUGUUUCCGAAGUUGAUCCUGACUUCGGAUUCGACCCAGACCGCGUUUACCCAUACCGGUACCGCAUUAAAACUGAACCCUCAACCGGCUACGAUACCAUGGUGGCCAUUGGAGAUGAAGUUAAGGAGUAUUACUCUCGGGAUUACGUCCAUUGGGACUCCGAUGACUCGGACACUGACGCGGAAGAAAGAAAAACUAAUAUAGACUCACUCACAACUAUAACUCUUAAAACUAUAUUCUCAAAGAAAUUCCUAGGAAAAGUGCCGAGGAGACGAAGGAAAUCGAAAAUGGAGAAUGAUUGUAACGACUUUGUUAUGAGUAGAGAUAUUAAUAGUAUAAUAGAUAGUUUAAAUAAAAAUGACAGUGCAAACGAUUCGGACUGUUCUGAAAGUAUUUUUGGACCGUUCAAGAGGAAUGAGGCGAUUGAUGCGGAGAACGCUUUCGAUUCACUGUUAAGUGAAAAUUCGCAAGAUACAGAGAAGAAUUUCGAAUUGUGUAAUAGUAGUGAAGUGAAGAUCAGAAAUACGGUUUCGCCUGAAGUCAAUGAUUCGGGUUUACAAAUUAAUGAUAGUGAAUGUGUUAGUUGUGAUGACAAAUUAAAUGAGAGUAAAGAAAGUGAUCAUGCGGUAAACGAAACUGAUGAUAACAUACUUAGAAAUGAAGAGUCAAGUAGUGAUGGUAAAUUAAAUGACAACUCCAAUGAAGAUAAUGAUCAUUUAAUGAAUGAAACUGAUAAAGACUUUAGUAGUAACGUUAAAUUAAUUGAUACCACAACAGGAGUAAAUAAUGCUCGUGACACUAAUGAUAGCACAGUUAAUAAUAAUGACACGAAAGAACGUUGUGAUAGUAAAUUAGGUGAUGUUGAAUCACAAAAUCAUGAAGUACAAAAAGACGAACCAAUGGAAGAAUAUCAAUCUGAAAAUAGUCAAAAAGAAUCACAAUCAUCACAAGAAAAUGAAAGGGUAGAUAGUGAUUCGCAAAAAGAUUCUAAUUUACAAGUCGAAAUAAAUGAACAAUCUAAUGCAGUUAACUCUGCUGAAGUUAGUGAGAAUUCUGAUACUAAACUGAACGGACAAAUAGAUUUACAUAACUUAGCGAAUGAAACUAGUGACACUGAAAUGGAUGAUAUGAAAUUAAUGGACGCUUUAGACGCGCAGAUCGCCGUUAAUAUUGGUAAUGGUGACAAAAAUAAUUUUGAAAUGUCUCGGAAUGCGGAUAAUGAUACCAACAGGUCUAAUUUUAAAGAAAAUUUUGAUCUAAAUGAUAAAGAUACUGACCAUAAUAGUAAAGUGUCUGGUAAUAAUGAUAUGGUCGAUCGAAAACAAGUAAGUUUAAAUAAUAUAGCUUCUGAGCGACAAAAGAAUUUAAUUGGAAUGAAUCUGGAUAAUAUCAGUGAUGAAGAGUUUAAUUUUGAUACAUAGCACCACACCUGUACCUAAAAUCUUUUAGAAUAGGUAGUAUUUUUAUAGUCUUAUUCAAGAAACCUGCCAGCGACUGAUA